AUGUCCUCCAGGGUCACUCGUUCUGCUGCGAGACACGCUGCAGAACCUCACCCGUCUACCAGCGCCGGUUCCUCUCCUACAAAUCCCGCCGCUGGUCCGGCGUCGAUUCGGAAGCGCAAGGCCCCCCGUCCUGAUCAGUCUGUGGGAACCUCCGAACAAGCGAAUCCCUCCUCCACCCCUCGGAAGAGCAAACGACAGCGGCGUGCGGCGUCUUCUACCCCGCCAGCACCCCAAGCGGCUUCCACUGCGGCCCACCGUCGCGGCACACGCCAUCGUCCAGCGACUAUGUCCCAACCGGGUUCAUCCUCGCGACCCACGGAGGAAUCGUCAAAGGCUCACGUCUCGCCUCCAUCCCGACGAAAGUCUAAUAAGAGCGGAAGAUCAGAGGAUCGUACCCCGACCACUCAGUCUCCGGCCCCCCGGCAGAAGAAGCGUUCUCCCAAAACUGACUCCGAUGUUCUCAUGAGAGAGGCCGAAGAGGAUCUGGAGGAGCAGGAGCAGAUGGAAGAAGAACACGAAUCCCCUCCGAUUAGUGAUGACCAUGAAGGCACCAUUCCAUCGGCCCUGGACGAGGACGACGACGAUGACGACGAUGACGACGAUGCGGACCUCUUCCACAACAGUCUGUUCGGGGCUCGAGGUCAUCUAGGUCUUCAGAGCACCCUGCGGGCCCUGACCGGUAUGAUGUCCGGCAUGUCUUCGCGCUUGCGCGACAUCCUGAAUAAUUUGAGGAUGAAGGACGACCCGUCCAUCCAGCUCAUCGCCCUGCAGGAGCUGUCGGACCUUCUGUUGGUUUCAAACGAGGACAACCUGUCGGGUCAGUUCUCGCCGGACCCAUACGUGAAGGAGUUGGUCGCUCUGAUGCAACCGAACGAUUUCGGCGAGGAGAACCCGGAGAUUAUGCUGCUUGCAUGUCGCUGCUUGGCUAACCUGAUGGAGGCCCUGCGUGGCUCAGUGGCUAAUGUUGUAUAUGGCGGGGCUGUUCCGGUCUUGUGCCAGAAACUCCUCGACAUUCAGUUCAUCGACCUGGCCGAGCAAGCUCUUAGCACUCUAGCGAAGAUCUCGGUCGACUUCCCGGCUUCCAUCGUGCGCGAGGGCGGAUUGACAGCUUGUUUGACUUACCUCGAUUUCUUCCCUACGAGCACGCAACGUACGGCUGUGACAACAGCAGCCAAUUGCUGCCGCAACCUGCCCCACGACUCCUUUCCUGUGGUUCGAGAUGUAAUGCCAAUUCUUCUCAAUGUGCUUUCGAGCAAUGACCAGAAGGUGGUGGAGCAAGGUUGUCUAUGCGUCUCGCGAAUUGUCGAGAGCUACAAACACAAGCCGGAGAAGCUGGAGGAGCUGAUCGAACCCGCCAUGCUGAAAGCUGUGCUUCGACUGCUCUUGCCGGGAACCACCAACCUCAUCGGACCGCAUAUCCACACUCAGUUCCUGCGUGUUCUAGCAAUCGUGUCGAGAGCCAGCCCGAAGUUGUCUGUCGAGUUGCUCAAAAUGGACGUGGUUGACACUUUAUAUCAAAUCCUGACCGGUGUAUCUCCUCCAGCCAAUUUGGGUGACACGGCCGUGAGAAUGGACAGUGUCCUGGUCAUGCAAGCAUUGAUCCAUCGCCCCAAGGAACAGGUCCUCGAGACUCUGAAUGUUAUCUGUGAAAUCUUGCCCACUGUGCCCAGUCGGCAUGUUCCCCAGUUAGAAGGGUUGAUCGGCGUCAGCGGCGCAUCUAAGCUUCCUAAGGCGCAGGAGUCUGCUGAGCAACGGCGCGAGUUGUUGUUGGGAUGCAAGACGGAACUGAAGCGCUUCGCUAUGAUACUCCUGCCAACACUGACCGAUGCUUACUCUAGCACUGUCAACCUGGAAGUCCGCCAAAAGGUUCUUACAGCCCAACUCAAGAUGCUCCACAACCUGGAUGUCGGGCUCAUCGAGGAUGCUCUGAAGACGGUGCCGUAUGCGUCUUUCUUGGCAGCUAUUCUUUCCCAGAACGAUCACCCCACUCUGGUGUCGCACGCCAUUCGAUGCGCAGAACUUCUUUUCAUACGACUGGAACACGUCUAUCGGCAUCAAUUCCACCGCGAAGGCGUUAUCUCGGAAAUUUUCAAGCUUGCCCAGGAGCCAUUGUCCACGAACAAGCAGGAGAAGCAAAGUGGCGGCGCCUCAACUACGCAGGACGCAUCUAAGGAGGAGAAACCCGCCGCGGCAGUCCCCGCCAAGGAUGCUUCUGUUGUAGGCUCAGAUGAUGAGGAUGGACAAGAUGACGACGAAGGCGAAGACGACUAUGAUGAGCAGGAUGACGAGGAUGAUAAUGACGACAUGUCUGAAACCUCGUCUUCUGCUUCUGGCCAACUUGUCGCUACUAAGAUCGCCAAUGCCUUGAAAGAUCUCGUUACCCACAACGCCCAGGGAUUUGUCAGCCAGUACGAAGCUAGCCAGGGCAAAGAUAUGCGAGACAAAGCCCUAGAGAUCCUCAAAGAACUGCAGAGCCUCGCUUCGGAUAUCGAGGCCUGCUAUUCGGGCGACGGUGAUGAUGAAGGCCUCUCCUUAUUCAAAAAACUGGCGACGUACUUCGACGGCGAUGCAUUGGAGAGUAUCACCAGUUCCGAAUUGCUGAACUCUGGUAUCAUCCAGGUGCUCCUAGGUGUUUUCGGGGAUUUUCAAUCCUCAUCCAUGCGCGAGGCCCGCGCCGCUUUUCUGCAAGCCUUCAUGGGGUCGACCAUUUCAGAGAAGGCUCAGAGCCAGAGUACCGCAACCACCCCCUUCAGUGUGCUCAUUCAAAAAUUGCAGGAUUUGCUCAGCAGGACUGAGCACUUCGAGGUCACCACCGUCAGCCACAACUCACUCGAGAACACGCGUAGCAACGCCGCGUACAUGCUUGGGAAGCAGCUUCGAUUGAAGCUUGUAGCAGAUGAUGACUCGGACAUACCUCGAACCUACCGCAACAUCAUGGUGUCGAUCCAUGCCAUUGCAACCUUCAAAGCCUUGGAUGACUUUUUGCAUCCGAGAAUCAGCUUGACCGAUCGACCAAGACUGUCUCGUAACCACGAAUCGAUCCUUGCGCAGCUUGCCAAUGCGAAUGCAGCCCGGCUUCGUGAGCAUCUGGCUAGUGGAGAUAACGCCAGCAGCGAUAGCCCCCAGCUGCCCCGAACGUCGACUGGUACGAGUAACACAUCUCGCCCCCGAGAAACCCUCACGGGUGCGACUGAGUCCGAGUCGAGGUCUAGACGGUUCGGACGUCCGGAGGCCGCUGCCGAAAGCGAGCAUGACAAUGAGCCACUCGAAUGCGCAGACGAACGACAAAUGAGCGACGACGAAGACCAUGAAGAUGAUGGUGACGACGAAGAGUUGAACGCCAUCGUGGACGAUCUUGAUGAAGACCUUUCUGACGACAAUGCUCAUGACCCUACUGCAGUCAACAUGGAGGUUGCAUCUUCCGGCAAGGUCACGGCUCGCAAAGAAGACGGCACCCGCGUGGCCACACCAUCGCAAACACCAGCUUCCAAAUCAUCAACGUCGGCGCCAGGACCCGCUCCGAAUCCUUCGUCUGGCAGCUCCUUGGCCACAGCAGGCCGGCCAUUUUCUUCAUAUGCAGCUGCCAUGGCCUCGACUCCUACCGACUGGCACAUCGAGUUUAGCAUUGAUGAUCACCCUGUGUCUAGCGAUACUACCAUAUACCGUGCAGUGCAUCACAAUCGUCAACAGGUCGAUCCGAGCGUAAAGAACGUUUGGUCAGCGAUCCAUACAGUCAAGUUUCGACGAGUUCCAGGUCCUCCACCUCCAGAGCCCUCCACCAUUGCCCAGGGAGGGUCUAGCGCCGCUGGUCAAGCGGAGGGUGAGGAGAUGCCGGCCUCUCUCAGCCAAGGCCCCACGACAGCGAGAAUCCUUCAGCUGCUGCGUGUCUUGCAUGAGAUGAAUGCCACUCUUGAUGAUAUCGUUGCAGAAACUAAAGAGCUGGUUGCGCUGAAGCCUGAGCCGCUGGCGCAAUUCAUUAACACUAAGCUGACCGCUAAGCUCAACCGUCAAUUGGAAGAGCCCCUCAUCGUGGCGAGCAGCUGCCUGCCGACCUGGAGCGAAGACCUUGCUCGUCUCUUCCCUUUCCUGUUUCCGUUUGAGACGCGGCACUUGUUCCUCCAAUCCACCGCAUUUGGCUAUUCGCGCGCGAUGAUGAGGUGGCACAACUCACAAAAUGGAGACGAUAACCGCAAUGAUAGCCGACGCGAUGAUCGGCCCAUCCUCGGACGAUUGCAGCGGCAAAAGGUGAGAAUCUCCAGAACCCGUAUUCUGGAGUCCGCCAUGAAGGUGAUGGAGCUCUACGGGUCGUCGCCUAGCGUAUUGGAGGUCGAAUACUUCGAGGAAGUCGGCACCGGCUUGGGCCCUACGCUCGAGUUCUACUCCACGGUGUCGAAGGAAUUCUCGAAGAAGAAGCUCAAGAUCUGGAGGGAGAAUGACUGCCUUAGCGGCGAAGAGUACGCCUUUGGCCAGCGCGGCCUGUUCCCCGCACCCAUGAGUGAGGCCCAAGCCGCGUCGGAAGCCGGCAAGAAACAGCUGCACCUGUUCAAGAUCCUCGGAAAGUUUGUUGCCCGUUCAAUGCUCGACUCUCGAAUCAUCGACAUCUCGUUCAACCCUGCCUUCUUCCGUAUCGCCGAUAGCUCGUCUUCCGUCGCGCCGUCGCUUGGGACUGUGAAGGCCGUCGACCAGGAUCUGGCCAAUUCUCUGUUGUUUCUGAAGCGCUUUGCCAAUGCGAAGAAGGCGAUCGAGGAAGACAGGGGAUUGUCGGCCGCUCAGAAAUCCCAGGCUCUCCAAGCGGUUGAGAUUGGCGGGGUCAACGUUGAAGAUCUAAGCCUGGAUUUCACCCUGCCAGGCUAUCCGGCCAUUGAGCUGAUUAAGGAUGGCUCUAACAUCCCGGUGUUGAUUGACAAUGUGGAUCAGUACGUGGACCGGGUGGUGGAUAUGACCUUGGGCAGUGGUGUUCAACGUCAAGUCGAGGCCUUCCGAGCUGGUUUCUCCCAGGUCUUCCCUUACUCGGCUCUGCGGACAUUCACCCCCAAGGAACUGGUCAUGCUAUUCGGCCGCGCCGAGGAGGAUUGGACUAUUGAGACUCUGAUGGACUCGAUCAAAGCCGACCAUGGCUUCAACAUGGAUAGUCGGAGCGUGCGAAACCUGCUGCAGACGAUGAGCGAGCUGAACCCGCAACAACGACGUGACUUCUUGCAGUUUGUGACGGGCAGCCCCAAACUGCCGAUUGGUGGCUUCAAGAGUCUCACACCGAUCUUUACCGUGGUCUGCCGGCCCAGCGAACCGCCGUACACUCCCGACGACUACCUGCCCAGCGUCAUGACCUGUGUCAACUACCUGAAGCUUCCCGACUACAGCAGUCUGGACAGGCUUCGCGAGCGGCUGUCUGUUGCCAUCAAGGAAGGUCAGGGCGCUUUCCACCUCUCAUAG